GCCCCAUCCCCGCGGAGGCCCCUCGGGAAAGAGGUGAUGCCGCCUUGCGUCCAGAGACCUCCAUCGAUCUCUUUCGCUGCUUCCUGAAUCGAAGCCAGCAGACAGGGAGAACGCGCCUAUCUGCGACGAAAGAGCAGAAAAAAGAGACAGCCUCCCCCCCUUCGCUUCGCUGUCGAGAGCCUCUGCUCGUCGUGUCUCGGCACCCUCAGGCUUCCAGGGUGGCGAGGAAAAAUAUCGCUGCGAGAGCGGAACAGAGACGGUCCUCGGUGUCACAAAGGAGAGGGAACUGGAGCGUCUUCGCUGGCGUUCCCUCCACGCGGAGGCGCGCCCGAGCGUCUCUUUUCCGUGCUGUUUUUCAGAGGCAGAAGAACGCCAUGUGGACGCUAGUAGAGAAGCCAGAAGAGAAGGCGUCGGUGACGGCGACCUCUGGUGAAGGCCCUCUAUCUCGAGAGGGGACAGCGCAUGCAGGAAAGAGAGAGACGUCGCGCUGCGGCUCUCGAGCAAAGGGAGAACGUGAGGAGAAGACGCGAGGAGAGGCCUGGUUCUGCGGAGCGAAACAGGUCCGAUCGCAGAGAGAUCCGUCGCUUCCGUGGAAUGGCGAACUGCCAGCGAAGAAGGGCAAGUGUUUGCCAAGAAGAGACAACAAAGAAGGUGAAAGAAAAAGAGAAAGCAAGACAUGUUUUUCCAAGGAGACGCAAAGCACCAGGCCGUUCUCGCAGUCACCCGUAUCGGCUUCUGGACGAUGCGUUUGCACGGCGCUCCACAGAUCUGCUCGCCACUCUUUCUCUCGCUCUUUCUCAACUCUGACAUCCUCUGCCGACUCGCGGUCAGUGCUGUAGCGACGGACGUUCGCCUCUUCGAGGCUGUGCGCUUCUCGUUCGCUUUUCUCCGCUCCUCGCCUUCUACGUCUCGCCCUCGCCUUCGGAGACUGCGCUUGCCCGCCGGAGCUUCAGCCGGCUGCCAGGCGCCUCGGCGCUCCAGAGCGGAAAACGGGACGCUGGGCGAGACACAACGAAGAGACAGCGAGGCAGGAGAGGCGGAGAAACCAGGAGAGGAAGCCGCGAAGGAGGAGGCAGAAGACCAAGACAAAGGGGCAGACGAAGACGAGGCAAAAGAAGAGAAGGGAGAAAAGCGAGAGGACGACGACGGAGAAGGCGCAGGAGGAGAGGCAGAAGACGUAUGAGACUGGCGGGAGGACAACGAUGGUAAGGGAAACUUGGAAGACAAUGACGAACGAAAAGGAACUGAAGGAGAGCCAGGAGAGAAGGAAGACCUAGACGAAGGAGGAUAGGAGGGGGAAUAAGGUGAAGAAAGUGAAGAAGACGACGGAGUGGAAGCCGGGGGAGGCGACGGACGUACUGGGGAAAGAGAAAGAGUGAAGAAACAACGAAAAGAAAGAGAAGAGGGAGCCGGAGGCGGCUCUGGAGAACGGAAAGACGACGAAUCAGCAGAUGGGCACGCCGACUGCUGUGGUGAACUCAUGAGGCAAGAAGGCCCCGCUGUCUGUACUCCCGGGUCCUCUCUUCCAUUCCAUCGCACAGCUGCCCCUUUUCGGGGACGCUGCAUGCGUUCCUCCAUAGCCAUCGACUCAUCGAUCGAAAUCCCGUUGUCUCCGCGUCUCCCUUCAUAUGCG